GGGGACCGGCAGUGGGAUGAUGACUGUCCAGAGGCUGGGUUUUGUCCUGGGCUCUGUCCUCUUGCUGCAGUGUGUGUGCAUAGCUGUAACUUUCUUGUACCUUUCCAGCGAGUUAAAGCAGGUGAGUCCCCAGUUCAUAGCCACCACCUGAACCCAAUGGAUAUUCAAUGGACAGAACUCACCGGCCCACGAACUGAUUGAGAUGGAGAACAUUGAUGGAUACAAAGUGUGGCUUGAUACGGGAGAACUUCUCCAAAAGCAACAUGGCCUGCCUGACCGAGGACAUUCUGAAUCUUAACCCUGGCACCAUGGGACAUGAGGAAUUCUAUGACUAUGCUAGCAGAGAGAAAACGGGAUGGAAUGAGGAGCUGUGCUGGCAAUUCCGAGUGCAGAUCCAACAGCUGAUAGAGCAGACAAUAUCCAAUCAAUAUGAAGAGGACAUGUCUGUAAUUGUAAAAGGCGAAGUGUCUCGUUUGCUUCCAUCUCUGACUCAGUCGGAAUCAGGUUCUCAGCUAACUGCGCAAAAAAUUGCUGCUCAUCUGACGGGGAACUAUAAGACCAGGUCAACCCAAGUGGAAGGUCCAGAGUCAAGAAAACUUCAGGGGCAGAAAGUACAAGCGUGGGAACCCCAGAGAGGGCUGGCAUUUCUCCACAGUGUGGAAUACAAAGAUGGAGAGCUGAUUGUCCCAAAAACUGGACUCUAUUACAUCUACGGCCAGACCUACUUUCGAUAUCAUGAGGCCUCAGACUCCAGCCCAGGUGACUCGCUGUCAGUUUCCAGAAAUGCACAGAUGGUGCAGUAUAUCUACAAGAAUACCGCCUACCCUGAACCUAUCCUCUUGAUGAAAAACACCAGGACAACAUGCUGGGCUAAGAACAGGGAAUAUGAGUUACACUCCAUUUACCAGGGUGGGGUGUUUGAACUCAAAUACCUCGACAGAAUAUUUGUGACCGUCAGCAACAUCAGCUGGAUUGAUAUGGCUGCAGGAUCCAGUUUUUUUGGAGCGUUCCUAGUCAGUUAGACAGCUGGGAAAGAUAGAAUGUGCAGAAGGAAGUAUAAUGAAUCCCAUUGUCCCCACUGGGCUGAUUACAUUCCUGAUCUUGGUCACAAACGAUCAUGUGGGAGUUUGUGUGAAGGGUAACUUGACAAGUUAUUGAUCGCAAUUUUGAAAACACGAAUCAUAAUUGUGUUAUCAAACAGCCCCUCAGCCCCUGAGAGAACCGAGGACUGUACAUCCAGCCCUGAGUGCUCAUGGAAGACUGGAUAGUAGGGUCAGCGUCCGUUCCUCCUAGGACCUGGGAUUCAGUUCCAACUCUUCCUGCUGGCUGCAGAGGUCCAGUAGGCAGUGAGCUUGAAUGGUCAAGACCCAGGGUUCAAAGUGGACGUUAGACCCACAACAGUAAAGUACCCCCAGACAGGCACUACAUUGGCUACCUCCGUCAGAACUACAGAAAAGAUAUGGGAAAUGGUAACAGGGAAUGUAAAUUGUAAGGCUAUGGGUCUGAGCAGACCAGAGGGAGCUUUACUUUUGCAUCUAACCUGUGCUGUACCUCAUCUAGGAGUGUUUGAAUGUUGUCGCCAAGUCUCCAGAGGUUCUCUGUUCCCCAAUACUGACACACCUCACUUUGACAAAGGCAUUUAGAGGGGUCAUUUCAUGAGCCCUUGCCGCUGGCCGUGAGCCCUGGGUGGAGUCAUGGGCUCAUAAAAUAUCCCCCCUUUCCGUUUGCUCCCAUGUUACUAACAUGAAGAUGCUCAAAGGUUUCUGACUUCUUACGCCCAAGUGUGAGUUCACCCACAACGACUGGUCCAAGUUACUAAUGCCCCCAAAGAAUUUAUUUUAAACACUGCCAGAAUGUGAGCGGGAGCAUUAGAAGUGAAGAGGCCUUCACUGGGAAGUUUGGCAUUGUUAACCCCUAUUCUCAGACUGUAAGAAGCAUGACUGAUAAAAUGUCCAAUUCAAGCGUGCUAACAGUUGUUGGGUCAGUGUACACCUCAUCUAAUAGUGAAGAAAGGAGCAAUAUACAUUUUUCCAGUGUGCAGAAAAAAAUUCAUUCUGAAUGAAAUGAUGUUUGUAUAUGUACACAGGAAAGUUUUUUUUUUUAACUUUAUAAAUCAUGCUCUUCAAUGGUUGCCAGUAUUCUUGGUGCUGUUGGAUCAGUGAAUUAAGGAAGGAAAUUCAGGCAUGGAGAGAGUGCAGGCCCUGUGAGAGAGCCACACAACAUCCCCUUCAUUUAGUUUGGAAAAUUCAGAGAGCUCUGCUAGAAAUGUGUAACCCUGCCUCCCCCUGUCCCGAUUUCCCUAUAACUACAUCCAGAAUCACCCCAGGAACAGGGAAAUCUGUUCCCAGUGUUCUUUCAAACCUUUGCUCUUUACCCCCGGCGGAGGGGAUGGGACAAGCAGUCUGAUGGCUGGUCGCAAAGGAUUGUGGGUUAUGUGCACAUCUCACCAUUUAUGGUGACAAGGUGUGUGGAUCAGUCUACGCUGCACUACACGGGGCAGUUCGGAGAUUGGGGGGUGGUUUAGCAGGGGGGAGAAAUUUGAUAGCUUCCCAUCUGCUGGAGAUGCAAGGCACGAUGAUAUCUACAUCCUGUAAGACAGCCCGUGCCCAGAGCGCUGUGAUUGAUUGGAUUAAGGAAAGGAGUCAGCUUGACCCCCAUUCUGAGAGUCAAACUCAGGAACUCAUCAACGUGUCAUUUCCUCCUUGCACCAACCCCACCCCCCCCACCCCACCCCCCUCACCCUGUGCUUCUCACUGCAGCUCCUGCCUUGUGUCUGUGCCUCACUUUCAGCAGUCCUCUCACCCCUGCAAACAGGCCAAUGUAGCAAUGCGAUAAAAACAAAAAACUGCGGAUGCUGGAAAUCCAAAACAAAAACAGAAUUACCUGGAAAAACUCAGCAGGUCUGGCAGCAUCGGCGGAGAAGAAAAGAGUUGACGUUUCGAGUCCUCAUGACCC